GAAGUCUUUAGAGCGACUUUGCCUCCUUCCCAGCAAUGCACUCACUACAUCUCCCAUAAUCCCUUCUGUAUCUGAGAUGUUUAUCUGGACUCCACAUGGUCCAGGGGAUGUUGUGAAACUCCUGCACCUGACAGAAUUGCACAUCACUUUCUCCAGACUGAUCGGAUCUCUCACGAGGAGCUGAAGGCAGGCGUACAUUUCUCAAGAGAUUAAGCAGAGCUUCCUGUUACUUAUGGAUAAACAGCCGGCGGUGGUGUUUCGAAAUGUGGGACAGUUGUACUUCCCCCAAACCAGGGUGGAGUGCCAUUACAGUCUGACAUCAGAGCAUGGGUGGAGCAGCAGUGACUGGAUAGGGAUUUUUCAGAUGGGCUGGUCUUCAGUCAAACAGUAUCACACCUACACAUGGGCUCUGGUUCCUGAGGGCUACACGGAGGGAACCAGCGUCGACCACUGUGCCGUUUUCCAGGCGUCGUACUUGCCUCGCCCCAGUGCUGUGGAGUACCAGUUUGUUUAUGUGGAUAAGGUGGGAAAGGUUUGUGCUCGCAGUCGUCCGUUCACGUUCUGUGCCCCGAAGCCGCUGGAGGAGCUGGAGACGCUGAAGGAAGAACAGGAUGAGGAAGGUGGAGAGGAAGAGGAGCUGAUGCUGGUCAUUCCCAGAGCGCAGCUGCUGCAGAGUCGGCUCGAGCAGAGCCUCAAAAAACAGGCGGGCUUGCAGCGAGCUCUGGAUGAAGCCAAGAAGGAGGUGGAGACCGAAAAAGAAACCAGCAAAAGAGCAAGGCUGGAGUGGGAGACGGAGAAGCAGGCAAUGAAGGAGGAGAUCACUGAGCUCAGAGACAACCUGAGGCAGAGCUGUGAGAUGCUGAAGAGGCUGGAAGAAAAACACACGGAUGUAAAGUACAGUCAGGAAAUUCAGAGCUCUGACCUGAGAAAACUUGUGGCUGAAAAGGGCGAGAACCAGCAGCAAGUCCAAGACCUGAGGGAUGAGGUGAAGGUUCUGGCUGACAGAGAAGAGCAAGCAAACAUGGAGCUGCAAAGGUUGAAGGAGAGAGUGAAGAAAAUGUCCUUCCAGAUAAAACAUGAUGAGGAAAAAAGGAAAUCCCUGCAGGUGGAAGUGGAGGCCUCGGCUGCAGAGCUGCACAGCCUGCAGGAGCAGCUGGAAGCCAGCGACCAUGUGGCCGAAGGCCUGCGCAACGAGCUGCGAGACCUGAGCACCCAGCGCAACCACACCCACGCUGAGCUGCACCAAGUCCGCCUCCAGGUGGCGCAGUUCACCCUGCAGCUAUCAGACCAGGACCUGGCCCUCAGGGAGGAGCGGGCCACCUGGGCCCUGGAGAGAGAGGCUUACAAGCAUGCAGCAGAGAUUGCCAAGAAGAAAGUCCAGGAUCUGAGCUGUGAGCUGCAGAGGAAGGAGGAAUGGCUCCAGGAGGAGAGGACUGAACGAGACAACCUGGAGGCAGAGCUCGGGAGAGAAGAAGUGCUGCUGAGCGACGCCAAGCGAGAGCUGCAGGAGCUGAAGGCCGCUCUGAGGAAGGUCCAGAAACUCAGAGAGCAGGAGCUACUGCACAAGCAGGAUUUGGUGACUUGCAUUCGGCAGCUGGAGGUGAAGCUGGGCAUCGGGGAAGAAGCAAACCCAAACAUCACAGAAGUUAAAUGUAUCUCUGCUCCAGGUUCUUCAUCUGAGAAAGGGGAUUUCGCUCCAUCAGCCAGAUCUGCUUCUUCAUCUUCCUGCCCGGAGGAAAGCUCCACCUCUGAGAUCCCAGCUGAGACUCUCAGCCAAAGCGAGGGUGACGAGUCGCCCGUUGACUCACAGGAUGAAAAAUCUCAGCUCAGCAAACCCCAAACCGGCGAAGCGAAGCAGCUGAUCCUGCCUGAACUCGUCAACCCCGUCCUGAGUGAGCUGGCUGACUCCCCAAUGUGGUAACAGAACAAGGAGCAAGCAGCUUUGGUGCCACUAAUGUUUAUUUGAAUCCAAACUAAACAAAGAGCAUUUAGUUAGCAUUUGUUUCUUAUAUUUGUGAAAAUGCACUUUAAUUUUUUAUUUUUUUCCUGAGUGGUCAAUCAUGUUAUAGGAAAUAUUUCUCGUGUUAUUUGCGAACCUCGACUCAGGUUACAUGGAUUUUAGUACUUGUAAUUCAGUCCUUUGUGUUCCAGCCCUUAACCUUGUUGUAAUGUGAAUAUGUGGCAAAUGUUGUGAGAAAUAUGCUGUUGGCCUGACUGUCAUACUCUACGUGUUGUUCUGGUGCUAUUUUGGCCCCAGGGUUUUUGCAUGAGAGCAUGACUCCUAAAACCGUGUCAAAUGUGUGGGCGUGCGAUCACGGCCAAGUGUGAAAUGGUCUGUUUCAGCUUUUCAAGCACCGAGUCAGGCUGGAGGAACGUGAAUGCCUGUCUGCAGCGCCGCAGAGUUGGGAAACUGCGUUCAGGGUUCUCAGUAAAAUGCUAGCAAGUGUUGUUCGGUUUCUGUGCUUUGUUGACAUGAUACUGACAGGAAAAAAGAUCCCGAUCUUUAAAAUGAUACACAGACAUCUGCAUGAUGGAGGUCUUCACUUGACUGGAGUUAAAGCUAGUAUGAAAAAUCAUGUAAAGUAUAUAUAUUUAUCUUUUUACCAAAAUCAUUAAAAACACAUAUAUCGCC